AUGGCUGGAGAAAAAAAUCAUAACAUGAACAAUGAGUUUAUCCUCACAGGAUUUACAGAUCACCCAGCUAAGACCCUUCUUUCUGUAGUGUUUUUUUGCCAUCUGAUCAUCAUGGUAAGAAAUCUUAGCCUAAUGAUAUUAAUUUCAAAAGAGCAUAGUCUUUACACACCAAUGUACUUCUUUCUGGGCAACCUCGCUCUUGUGGAUUCUUGCUGUGCCUGUGCCAUUACUCCUAAGAUGUUAGGGAAGUUAUUUUCUGAGAACAGAAUGGUUACCCUUUAUGAAUGAUUUCAUUUUCUUUGCACUGUUGAAACAGCAAACUGCUUUCUUCUGGUGGCAAUGGCCUAUGAUCGCUAUGUGGUCACAUGCAGCCCACUGCAGUACCACAACAUGAUGUCAAAGAAACUCUGCAUUCAGAUGAUCACAGGGGCCUACGUAGCUGGAAACAUGCAUUCCAUGAUUCAUAAAGGCAUUCUAUUCAGGUUAGCUUUCUGUGGAUCUGACCACAUCAACCACUUUUAUUGUGAUAUUCUUCCUUUAUACAGACUCUCCUGUGUUGACCCUUAUGUCAAUGAACUGGUGCUAUUUGUCUUUUCAGGCUCAAUUCAAGUCUUCACCAUAGGUAGUGCCUUAAUAUCUUACCUCUACAUUCUCUUUACUAUUAUCAAAAUGAAAUCCAAAGAGGGAAGGGUUAAAGCCUUUUCUACCUGUGCAUCCCACUUUCUGCCUGCUUCGUUAUUCUACAGAUCUCUUCUUUUUUUCAUGUACAUUAGACCAAAUUUGCUUGAAGAAGGAGAAAAAGAUAUACCAGCUGCUAUUUUGUUUACAAUAGUAGUUCCAUUACUAAAUCCUUUUAUUUAUAGUCUGAGAAAUAAGAAAAUAACAAGUGUCUUGAGAAAAAUUUUGAAGAAAAAAGGAUCUCAAGAAAGUUUGAAAAAAAAAAAUGGCAUCUACUGUAGCAUAAUGACAAGUGCAGAAAAAAACUUCCAGGUGGAAUUGCACAGAGAAAAUGCACAAAUUGUAUAUAAAAUAUUUUAA